AUGGAUUUCAAUUAUAAAGACCCACUAUGGAAGAACGGAUCGAAUUAUCCUUGUAAAGGAUACUUAACAGAUUCUUUCAGGGCAACUGCAGAGUACAAAGCUGGGAAUGAGUACGAAAUGACAAUAGAUCAAAAUAUAGCCACCCAUGGCGGUGGUUCAUGCCAAAUUUCACUUUCUUACGACCAAGGGAAGUCGUUCAGGGUCAUCAAGUCAAUUAUUGGCGGGUGUCCCAUACCACUCAAAUACAAAUUUAAGAUUCCAUCCAAUGCGCCUUCUGGCAAGGCAGUAUUCGCCUGGACAUGGUUUAAUAGGAUCGGCAAUCGUGAAAUGUACAUGAAUUGUGCCUACGUCAACGUUGCUGGUGGUUCAGGAGACGGCUUUGACAGUCUCCCUGAGCUCUUCAAGGCCAACGUUGCCCUUCAAACCAAGUGCGAAACCGAUGAAGGGUCGGCUAUAGUGUUUCCAGACCCGGGAUCGGUUGUUGAAUUAGGACCCGACGGUAAUGGUCCACCGAACAGGGGAAUUGUCAAAUGUGAUAGUUCUUCUGGCGGCCAAGCUCCUGGACCGAAGUCAGAACCACCAACUCCAGCUCCUCAAUCUCCUGCAGAUUCUUCUCCAACAUCUACACCGGCUGGGUCGUCGCCUCAACAAACCCCUGCGUCACCGCCGCUUGACAGCAACCCCACUCCACCAUCGAACCCGAUGCCAGAUGCAGGAGGGCAAGGAUCUUCUCCACCGCCGGCGGCGGCUCCUGCUCCAGGAAGCUCCGGAGUUUGUACUGCAGGAAGCAUAAAGUGUGACUCGGAAUCUACAUGGUCCAUGUGCUCCGGCGAUGGAUCCCACUACAUUUUCAUGGGAUCAGUGGCGGCAGGAACAGCUUGCAGAGGUGGCAAGAUCGGUGUUGCAUGA